AUGUACGAGCCCCUAGACUCAGCAGCUGGCCAUGUUCGGCUACUGAUUCUUGAGCCGGCCAGGAAGCUGGAGGCCCCCUUACAAUGCAGCCUCAUCCACGCGAGUCUCUCGGAAGAGCCCGAUUACGAGGCCCUGUCGUAUACUUGGGGAACAAAGGGUCUCGGAGGAAGUAUUGUCGUCAGUGGUACCCCGGUUGAUGUAUUCGAGAACCUCGAGGCAGCGCUGAGACGGCUGCGGCUCUCCAAAAAGUCGAGGCGUCUCUGGAUAGACGCCAUCUGCAUCAACCAAGCUGAUGUAGCUGAACGCCAGCAGCAGGUGCCGCUCAUGCAGAGAAUCUACGAGCAAGCCCGACAAGUAUGCAUCUGGCUAGGCGAGAGCUCAGAGGCCUCCGAAUUGGGCAUGGCUUAUCUGGGGAAGCAGUCGGAACAAUGGCUUGCCUCUAGAGUCAAGUCAUGGACGGAGCGUCAAAAACUAGACAACAAGUCUUACCGUCCAAACGUUAGAGCCUUAGCCAUGAUGAAGGAUUCCGCCAGUUUCCUGUCUAUGAGUGCUACACAGGAGGAGCAGUCUCUGGGCGAGGUUCGUGAGCUAAUGGUGCGUCCAUGGUGGUCUCGCGUCUGGGUUCUCCAAGAGGCGGUCCUCGCCAAGAAUAUCGUGACCAUGUGUGGUUCGGAGACCACGCCGUGGGAUAGCUUUGGGAAGACGGUGGAGAAAAUACAACAUGGCUCUUCCUGGAUAGCCGGCGGCCUCGAGUCCUUUAUGUUGUUCGGCGUGCCGUUCGGCACAACGUACAAAUUCCCAGACGAAAAUUAUAGGGCAAUUUCGAGCUUGCGGGAGGCGUGGCACUCCGGAGAUCGAAACAUGAGCCUACUCGGGGUAGCCUUUAUGUUCAGGUUCCUGGAGUGCACUGAUCCGCGAGACAGGAUCUAUUCCUUCCUGGGUUUCGCAUCUUCUGACCUUGGCAGUCUUAUAAGGCCACACUACGCCUCUCCAGUGUCCGUUGUGUAUGAGGAUUUUGCGCGCUUGACAAUUGAGACCACAAGAUGUCUCGACAUACUCAACUGCAAAAGAGAGUGGUUGGAACUGGAUGGAAAAGGUCCCCUCGCUAAGGCCGCCAAUGUUUACAGCACCCUUGAUCAGGGCAAAUAUUACGAUGACUUGUCUUGGGUGAUCGAUAAACCGGACGGCAAACCACGCCAAGACUGGGCGAGAUUACCUCCUGGUUGGGAGAGAAUUGUUGUCUCCAAGAAGUCUCGCUACUAUUACAACCACCUUGAGAAAUCCACUUCCCAGGAAAGCCCACUGGAUACCUUGCCGCCCCAGCCCUCAGAACACUUCUCUCAACGCAGGGUGUGUCCUGUAGGCUGGAGCAAGACAUGGGAUAAUCUGGGGCGAGCUCGCGUCUCUUAUGCGCCUAAGAAGAGCGCAAAGCCUAAAGUCGAUAAUGGCCUUAAGGAGGAGCUCGCUAGGAUGCCAUCCUGGAUACCUAGUUGGGCCACAUACACAAAUAAGGACCCCAAAUGGCUGAUUGCGAUGUUGGCUCAGGAUGGUAGGGAUCACUGGUUUACGGCCAACCACGAUGCUUGCAUUGCAGAGGGUGGCAAGGAUGGUCGUACCACGCCACGCAAAGCCUUGGUCCUCGAAGGCUUAUUCUUUGAUGAGAUCGAGCACCUGGGAACACCGUGGCACCCGGGCGACGCCUCGCCACCAAUAUCUUCUGGUCGUAUGGCUGUAUUCUCAGAAUGGCGGUCGCUAGCGCAAGCUGCAUACUUUGGCGAACUCACGUCGCCGUACAGUCUACAUGACACAGAAUUUGUCAAGGCUCUUGGACAGACACUGCUCAUAGACCCCCUUGGCGAGGAACUGGAAGUAGCAGAAGGGGGCAAGCUUUUCCAGGUGUGGAUGGAUGGCACUCGCUGGGACACGUUGGAAGUUCCUCAGUUCCAUGCCAUAUCCUUGGGAGAUCUGAUGAGGAAAGUGAUCGCCUUCUCGGUGCUCGAGGAGCGUAUGGGAGAGUACUAUAUGAAGAUCGUCUGCGCUGACGAAAGCGACGGUGACGGCCCCUCCUCUCAGAACUUCGAGGCGUCGAAGGCUGCGAAGUUCUCAAUGCUAGAUGACUUCAACAGCGUCAUGUCCAAUACUGGCGAUGGCAAGGAUGCCAAGUGGAGCUAUCGUACCCACUUGUCGAACAUGGCCAAGCAGGGAGAAUAUCAAGGCGACGUGGAGAAGGAAGUCCUCAACUGCUACGGCCGGAUGAUCCUCAGGAUUCAGGAGUGUUGUGAAAAUAGAGCCUUUUUCGUCACACGUAGGGGGUACUUCGGGCUUGCGCCAUGGAAUGCACGGCCCGGAGACAAGGUGUAUGGGCUGAAAGGCGGCAAGACACCGUAUCUACUCAGGGAGGCAUCCUCUGGAGAGCCAGAAUCUUUUAACCUUGUUGGGGAGGUGUUUGUGCAUGAUCCCUUGCGUGGUCUUCCGGUAGGCCGUGCCGGUGGAGACUCUACCUGGAACGACGUCCGGCUCGUAUAG